AUGGCUUUAAACCAAAGUGAUGGUGUUGUUACACCAAAUACGUUGACGGGAAGAUCUAUGAACAAUGCUGGAGACGAUGGCGCAGCAAAACGCCUCAAACAUAAUUACGCGUCAAAAAGAUCAAGUACAUGGGAAAAGUUGGGAAGUAAAAUAAUUUCCAAACACCAAUUAAUGAGUUCAUAUCAAAGGCAACAAAGACGAGGGAACAAUAGGUAA